AUGAGAUCCCCAAUCCACCAUCCAGACGAAACCUCCAGCCUCCUAGGCCACACCUCCCACCCAACCCCAAUAUCCCAUCUCCAUCCCCACAAACUCAAAUCCCACCUAACAACGCCCAUAACCCCCCAACACAGCGAAUUGAUCCUCCUAUUCUGCUACACCCUCACCGGCCUCCUCGACAGCUCCGCCGUGUUUAUCUGGGGCUCGUUCGCGAGCAUGCAGACUGGAAACACCGUGUACCUGGGCCUUGGCGCCAUGGGCGCUGACCCGAGUAGCACCACCCGCUGGUAUAAAGCCGCGACGUCGAUUGGGAGUUUCUGUGUCGGGGCGGCGUGUUUUUCGGCUGGGCAUCGGUGGGCAGCGGGGGAGGUGCCGAGACGGCGCUGGGUGCUUUGUGCUUCAUUUGUGGUGCAGAUGGCGUGUGUUGCUGCGGCGGCGAUUAUGGUUACGCUUUAUGGGUCUACGGGUCAUUCUGCGGCUAAGGAAAAGGCGGACGACGGACUUGGGUGGAGGGUAUUUGUACCCCUGGCGCUUGUGGCGUUCCAGAGUAGUGGGCAGGCUGUGAGCAGCCGCGUGCUGGAGCGGAAUGCGCUGACGAGUGUGGUUUUGACGAGUGUUUACUGUGAUUUGUUCUCGGUGCCUGUGGUUGCUGGGACGGGGAAGCGGCGAGCGGAUGAGUGGAGGAGGGCUGGGGCGAUUCUGAGUUUGAUGCUGGGGGUCGCAAUGGGUGGGAUGUGGGCGAAGAGUUCUGUUGGUGUUAUGGGGGCGCUUUGGAUGGUGGUUGCUGGGAAGGGGGUGAUUGUUUUGGCCUGGUUGGGUUGGAGGGGUGUGCAUGUUGAUAGGGUAUAG